AUGGUCGCCCAGGACUUCGAGUCUGUCCUCAAGGGCAGGUACCCGGCCAAGGCGCAUGCCAAGCGCGUCGUCGACAUCAUCCGCCGACAGGUGCCCGACGCAAACGGCGUCCUCUACCUCGAGAGCCGCAUGACCAAGCUGCAAGAGGACAACGACUCUCCAGAGCACUUCCGCCAGCGCCGAUACUUCUACUACCUCACCGGCUGCAACCUCGCCGACUGCCGCUUUGCCUACGACAUCCAGGCCUCCAAGGCCAUCCUCUUCAUCCCCCCCAUCGACCCCAGCGACGUCAUCUGGUCCGGCCUGCCCGUCAGCGCCGACAAUGCCUUGCAAAUGUACGACGUCGACGAGGUCAAGUUCACCACCGACGUCAACCCGACCCUGACCCACCUCGCCACCCAGAACCCAAAGUCGACCGUCUUUGCCAUUGCCGGCCAAGUCUCGGACAAUGUCACCUUUCUCGAGUUUGACAACAAGGACUUUGCCGCCCUCAAAGACGCUGUCGAGGUGGCCCGCGUCGUCAAGGACGAGUUUGAGGUGGCCCUCAUGCGCAAGGCCAACCACAUCUCCAGCCUGGGCCACAAGGCCGUCCUCGAGCGCGCCCGGACCGCCGCCUACGAAAGGGAGCUCGAGGCCGCCUUCCUGGGAAAGUGCGUCGCCCUCGGCGCAAAGGAAAUGGCCUACCACCCCAUCCUCGCCGGCGGCAAGGCGGCUGCCACGCUGCACUACGUCGAUAACAACGCGCCCCUUGAGGGCAAGCUCAAUGUCCUGGUAGACGCGGGCGCCGAGUGGGACAAUUAUGCCGCCGACAUUACGAGGACCUUUCCCUUGUCGGGCAAGUUUUCCAAAGAGUCGCGCGACAUUUACGAUGUUGUCUACAAGAUGCAAAAGGACUGCAUCGCCAUGAUCAAGGCCGGCGUGCUUUGGGACGACGUGCACCUCCACGCCCACCGCGUCGCCGUUGACGGACUCUUGUCCCUCGGCAUCCUCAGGGGCGACGCCGAGGAGAUUCUCGAGGCCCGGACAAGCGCCGCCUUUUUCCCCCACGGCCUGGGUCACUACCUCGGGCUGGAUACGCACGAUGUCGGGGGCAACCCCAACCGUCAUGAUACGGAUGCCUUUUUCCGCUAUCUGAGGCUGCGCGGCCGGGUGCCCGCGGGGAGUGUUGUCACGGUCGAGCCAGGGGUCUACUUUUGCGAGUUCAUCAUCCAGCCGUAUCUUGAUGACCCCGUGCACGGCAAGUACAUUAACUCGGCCGUCUUGGACAAGUACUGGGACGUGGGCGGCGUGCGCAUCGAAGACAAUGUGCUGGUCACGGAGAGCGGGAGCGAGAACUUGACGUCGGCGACCAAGGAGCCCGGCGAGAUUGAAGCCGUCAUUUGCCGCUAG